CUUGCAAGUAGCACACAGCACGCUCAGUUAACAGCAGGAAGCGAUGCUGGUGAGCGAUUCCUUCUCAUCCUCCCUGUGUGUGAUGCUUGUAUGAUGGUAACAGGCCCCAUUCUCCUUGGCACACCUGGAUUCUGCUCCUACCCAAGCUCAUUCUCCUUGGCAAUGCUUUUAGAUGAGCAGCCCACAUGGAUUAAGAUCUGCUCCCACUGUUACACAAGUCCCAAACCCAGUUGUUUUGGAAAACCAUCAACAGGGACAGCUUCUACAACCAUAUUCCAUUCAAGAUGAUGCUUCUUGUUUGGCUGGGGCAAUGGGAGUUAAUACAAAGGCUGUGUGUCCUAACUAGGGUUUACCACCAACCUACAGCAGCCCAACGUCCAGAGCUGCAGCAGUGAAUUCAGCAAGUCACUGCUCGAGUAAAGGCUACUCACUGAGUAAGGAAAACAGGAUUAGGCCAGUGGUUUGCAACCACACUCACAGGGUACUGGUGCAUAUUUGACUAUUGCCCACUAAGCAAGCAGUGACACACUUGAUGCAUUUUGCUAACCAAACUUCCCUGACAUUUUCAUCUCUCCAAGUUCUAUUUAAAGAGACUGAACUGGAGCUGGGGAGAUGGGAUCCCCUUCCCCACGUCUCCGUGAUGGGUUUUCCCCAAACCAGACAAAGAAUGGUCCUGGAGCUGCUGCUCUGCUUGAGCUUUGCCUGUGCAGCAGCCCUCGAACCCACGUGCCUCUCGGCUCAGUUAAGAAAGCCUGGUGAUUAUAUCCUAGGAGGCUUGUUCCCGUUUGGAAUGGACAUCCUAAACCUGACGGCGCGGUCAGAGCCCUCCUUAGUUGUGUGUGAAAGGCUGUAUGUAGACGGGCUAAUAUGGGCUCUAGGGAUGAAGUUUGCCAUCGACCAGAUCAACAACUCCACUUCCCUUCUCCCGGGAGUGAAGCUGGGCUAUGACAUGUACGACACGUGCUUUGAGCCAGCCAUGGCCCUGCAGCCCAGCCUGCUGUUCCUGACCCAGAACAGCACCACAGGCAUCAGGGUCCUCUGCAACUACAGCGACUACCAGCCGCGAGUGACCGCUGUCAUCGGGCCGUACAAGUCCGAACUCUGCCUGCUAACAGCCAAGCUGUUCAGCUUCUUCUGGAUCCCACAGGUCAGCUACGGAGCCAGCAGUGAGAAGCUCAGCAACACCGAGCUGUACCCAACCUUCUACCGCACUGUUCCGGGUGUUAAGAACUUGGUGAAAGCUGUGGCCCUGCUGCUGACCAAGUUUGGGUGGAACUGGAUUGCCGUCAUUGGAAGCGAUGAUGAACACGGCCGAGGAGCCCAGGAGCAAUUCCUAAACAUCGCUGAAAACCACAGCAUCUGCAUUGCAUUCGAGGGGAUCAUUCCUACAGACCUGGCAGACCCCAAUGCCAAACAAUACCUGGAAUACACCAUUAACUUAAUUAACAGGACCCAAGUCAACAUCAUUGUCCUUUUCUCUCAUAGUCUGUCAGCCCAGGCCUUGCUGGAGCUCAGCAUCAAGAUGGGACUGGGCAAGAAGGUCUGGAUUGGCACUGAAAGCUGGCUGCUGUCUGACAUAGCCGCCUCCAUCCCGCAUAUCCAGAGCGUCGGGAUAGUCUUAGGCUUCAUUACGAAAACCAGCCCAGUCCCUGGCUUCCAGGAAUACGUUGCUGACCUCUUCGCCUCUGUCCAGCAGGAGGACUUCUGCCAGGAGUCCAGAGAACUCAACCAGCUCCUGAGCCCGGACACGCUGGGCGCGCGCUGCAAGCAGUGCGACCGCGUCUCGCUGCGGGCCGUGGCGUCCUCGCUGAGCCGAGCCCAGGUAGAGCCCGUGCACGUCGCCGUCUACAGCGUGGCCCACGCGCUGCACCGAGCCCUGGGGUGCAGCCAGCACGAGUGUCCCAGGGCACCCAUCAGGCCUUGGCAGCUGCUGCAGUUCAUGGAUAGCUUCCCCUUCGAGGUAAAUGGCCAACAGUUCAGGUUUGAUCAAUCCCAUGGCACGAGAACCGGCUACAAGCUUAUAUUCUGGUCCUGGGAAAACAACACCCUUCAGUAUCUACCUUUGGGUGACUAUGGAGAGUCCUUGUACAUCAAUGAGUCCCAGAUGGAGCUUCACACUAAGGAUUCAGAGGAGACCACACAGUGCUUCAAACAGUGUAAACCAGGACAGGUCAGACAAACCAAAGGAUUCCACCACUGCUGCUAUGACUGCACAGACUGUCCAGAGAACACCUUCUGGAAUGCUAAAGACAGCUCCACGUGCACUCCCUGCCGCCAGGACCAGUGGUCCCCUGCCCAGAGCACGCGAUGCUACAACCGCAGCGAGCGGUACCUGUUCUGGACCGAGCCCCUCGCCAUUGCCUUGCUGACACUGAUGUCCAUCACCAUGACCCUGGCCUGUCUGGCAGCACUGCUCUUCCUAAAGAACCUCGAGACCCCCCUUGUGCAGGCCUCUGGAGGCAAACUGAGCCUCUUUGCCUUGCUCACGCUCCUGCUGCUGUGUCUCAGCUGCUGCCUCUACAUAGGGAAGCCCAGCAGCAACAUCUGUAUGAUCCAGCCCAUGGUCUACACCCUGUGCCUCAGUGCUUGCUUCUCCACCUUCUUCAUCAAGUCCCUUGAGAUCACCCUUGUGACAGAGUUCCCUCACUGUGCCCCCACCUACUUGCACUGGGUGACCCAGAGGAGGGCCUGGCUCCUCGUCGCCCUGUGCCUGCUGCCCGAGUGCUUGUUCUGCCUUGGCUACCUUCACUUGGGCCCUGACUACCUGGUGGUUGACUACAAGUCGCUGCCCACCGAAGUGCUGCUCCUGUGUAACACCGAGUCCUGGUUUGCCUUUGCUCUGAUGCACGGCUACAACGGCUGCUUAGGCUCUGCCUGCUUCCUGUGCACCUUCAUGGUCCAGGCCUCUGGGAAGAAGUACAACUUUGCCAGAGGGAUCACGUUUGCCUUCCUCAUCUAUUUCAUCGUCUAUAUCUUCUUCAUUGCUGUAUUUGUCACACUGAAAUCAGUGCUGAGGGCUGUGGCGCAGGUUGGUACCAUGCUGAUCAUCAGCCUGGGUAUCCUGGUGACCUACUAUAUCCCCAAAUGCUACAUCAUUGUGCUUAAGCCUCACCUCAACACAGUGGAUUACUUCCAGAAUUCCAUUGAAGAGGAGCCAGAGGACUCCUCAACAAGAGACAAUAAUCCAGAUCCACCAUCACCUGCUCCUCAAUAGAAGCUGCCUGUAUCUGAACGAGAUAACGCUGUUUAUGGUGACUCUAUGGUCCCAGACACAAUCACCAGACAAAAUACAGCCUUAUCCAGCGGGCUGGACACUAGGAGCAGAGCUUUUAAGUUGCAAAGCAUAGGGCUUUACUCAAUGAGCUAAAGCAAAACACCCCCCAAGCAGAGCAGCAUCCAUCCUCUCUGUAGCUAUCUGCUUGUUUCAUCACUCACAAGUGUAGAGAACUGCUCCAGAUAUAUCCAUGCAUCCUUUCCCAGGCCUUAAAAGAACCUUCAAAGAUAUUCAACAGCACAGAAACUAGAACACCAAAAGGGAAUCAUCUGAAAAGGUGUGAGAUUACAGACCACAAAUAGAAAUCCUUGUGAUUAAUGAUACUAAGAGUAGCUAUCUACACAGGACCCUCUAUAAAGAUCUUCUCCUAGCAAACAACAG